AUGGAGAAAGACGGUAUCACUGCGACUCGGACCCGAACAAACUCGGUCUCGAAGCAUCCUCAGGAUGAUGACGCUCUUCGCCUGGCCCAGAUGGGCCACCAGCAGGAGCUUGAGAGAUCAUACUCCCUGUUUGCUCUUGGUGCUCUCUGCGUCUGCCUCAUGGCAACCUGGGAAGCGUUGUCGACUGUCAUUGCUACGGCCCUGAUUAGCGGAGGAGCGCCGUGUCUGUUUUACAACCUGCUUCUAUCCACGUUUUCCACCAUCUGCAUUGCUUGUUCCUUGGGAGAAAUCGCCUCGAUCUAUCCCACUGCUGGUGGCCAGUACCACUGGGUCGCAGCCCUCUCUCCGCUCUCGAUCCGAUCCCCCUUGGCUUAUAUGACAGGAUGGAUCUCCAUCGGAGGUCAAAUCGUCCUGACUUCCUCUGCCGCUUUUGCAGCUGGCCUGCAGACCCAGUCUCUGAUCAUCGUAAACUCUGACUCUUAUAUCCCUCAGCGCUGGCAGGGUAUGCUCUUUUACUGGGCUAUCCUCACAUAUGCGUUGGUCAUGAAUAUCUGGGGCCACAGGCUGCUGCCAACGACCAACACCAUCUCCGGUGUCCUUCACGUAGCGGGUUUCGUCUCGAUUCUUAUCGUCUUGGGCGUCAUGGCUCCCAAGAACUCGGCCUCCUUUGUCUUUACCGAAUUCACAAACUCAAGCGGCUGGUCUAGUGAUGGAGUUUCCUGGCUUGUUGGACUCCUGAGUGCUGUGUACCCCUAUCUUGGUUACGAUGCAGCAUGUCACUUGGCAGAGGAAAUGCCUAAUGCGAGCCGAAACGUCCCUCUUGCCAUGGUUGGCAGUGUCUCCGUCAACGGACUCAUGGGUCUAAUCUACGCCACCGUGCUCCUCUUCUCGACCGGUCCUCUCGAGUCACUUCUACAAACACCCACAGGCUUCCCAUUCAUGCAAAUCUUCCUCGACGUGACCAAAAGCCGAGCCGGAGCCACUGUCAUGUCUGUUGUCAUUAUAUCAAUCGCCAUCGCAGCCUCGGUUGCAGGUGUAACAUCCACCUCCCGAACGCUGUGGGCUUUUGCUCGUGACAAGUCUACUCCCUUCGACAGGCACCUCAGCAAAGUCAACAAGAGCCUUCAGAUACCCGUUCACGCUGUCGUGCUGGUCACUGUCCUUCAGAUGUUGCUUGGCUUCAUCUACCUUGGCAAUACCACAGCUUUUAACGCUAUCCUGUCUAUGGCUAUCAUUGGCAUGUACUCAAGCUAUGCUCUCCCUAUCAUCCAGAUGAUGUGGGCUAGAGGCCGUAUCAUCGGUUCCAAUGAUUACGGCCCUUUCAAACUGGGCCCCAUCUUUGGUCCUGUGGCAAACGUCAUCAGCCUGAUCUGGAUUACUGUUGUCAUCAUCUUCAGUGUUUUCCCCAGUUCGAUGCCAGUCAUUCCCCAGAGCAUGAAUUAUUCCAUCGUUGUUAUGACCGGCUGGGUCCUAUUUGGUAUUGUAUACUAUAUCUUCUACGGGCGGUAUAAGUUUGAGGUAGCGGCUAUUACCGAUGUUCUUGAUGGAGUUCCAGGUUCAAGGGCUUGA